UAUUCAACGACUGUUGUCGUCAUUACGCAAGGGGUGGCGACGUGGAAAACAUGGAGGAUAGUAGUAUGUAGAGUAAACUUAAUUGUCUGAAAUACCGUACAAUUUUAAACGUUGCGCUUUACAAUUACAAUUGGUAUCAUACUAGACAAAACUCCUGACCCGUGUGAAAAACAGUCGUUCAUUUUCGGACCUGGGAGCCUGAAGAGCCACGGAAACAGCGAGAAGAAUUUAUGACAGGAUUUGGCAUAUGCCCGGUGAAAAAGCAGUGAGGAGUGGUGAGUCUGGCUGAUUGGUGCCAGCAGAGAUGGGUGCCAACACCAGCCAGGUCAGCGACCUGUCUGAUAACCCCAGCCUGAAGUCCCUGGUGGGCACAGAGUCCAUAUCGGAGAAUGAUCCUUUCUGGAACCAGCUCAUCUCCUUUACAUUCAUCAGUCCCACCAGCAGUGGGGACUCCAAGUUGCUAGAAGAGGCUGUUAUCCCCCUGGCCAAGAUCCUCAUUGAAAACAAUCCCAGAACGGGGAACUUUGGCGCUCUCGUCAGAAUUUUUCUGGGAAGAACCAAAGAGCUGAAAAUCUCUACAGAAUGCCAAGAUCAGCUGUUUAUCUGGCAGGCCCACAACGCACUCUUCAUGAUCCGCUGCCUUCUCAAGGUGUUCAUAAGGGAGAUGAGUGAAGAAGAGCUGCACCUACAGUUCUCCUACCAGGAGAGGGCACCAGGCUCCUGUGGAGAAACAGGCAGCCAGGACCUCCUCGAGGAGCUGCUGUCCAACCUCGUUCACCUGAUCGUUGAAGUGCCCCUGCUAGACAUCACCUACAGCAUCCUGUUUGAAGCAGUCACCACGCUGCUGGUUUUCUUCUCCUAUCAGCUCUUCCACAAAGACAUCCUCCGAGAUGGAUUGAUCUACCAGCACAUCAUGAAGGGACGAUGUUUGUCUUUAACCAGUCGUCUGGUGAAAACGCUGCUUUAUAACUUCAUCAGGCAGGAGAAAUGUCCGCCUCCAGCAACCCACAUCUUUGAGCCCAAAGACGAGGGAGGUCUGCUGUACGGCCUGGCAUCAGGAGUCGCAAGUGGACUGUGGAGCGUCUUUACUUUGGGUGGCGCUGGCAGCAAAGCCGGGAUAGACCAGGAACACAACCCGUUACCUUUGUCCAAUCAGAGCCUUCUGUUACUGCUGGUCCUCGCCAAUCUGACAGAUGGACCUGACUGGCCCAACCCCUACCGCCAGGCUAUCACUUGUUUUAGGAACACACAAGACACAUCGUCACUUCCCGUGGAGCAGCCUCACACUUUCCAGAUCAAUUUCAACAGCCUGUACACAGCGCUGUGUGAGCAGCAGCGCUCCGACCAGGCAACACUACUACUGUACACUCUCCUUCACCAGAACGCCAACAUGAGGACGUAUAUGCUCUCCAGGACAGACAUGGACAAUCUGGUGUUGCCCAUCCUCGAGAUCCUCUAUCACGUGGAGGACAGAAACUCUCAUCACGUCUACAUGGCCCUCAUUAUUCUGCUCAUCCUCACAGAGGACGACGCCUUCAACCGCUCCAUCCACGAAGUGGUGUUGAAAAACAUCUCGUGGUACACAGAGAGGUCGUUGACAGAGAUCUCACUUGGCAGUUUGCUCAUCCUGGUGGUCAUCCGCACCAUCCAGUUUAACAUGACUAGAACAAGAGAUAAAUACCUCCACACCAACUGUCUGGCUGCACUUGCCAACAUGUCGGCCCAGUUUCGUUGUCUCCACCAGUACGCUGCCCAGCGCAUCAUCAGUUUAUUUGCUUUGCUUUCCAAAAAGCACAACAAGGUUUUGGAGCAGGCAACACAGUCUCUGAGAGGCCGACAAGGAGACAACACAGCUUUGCCCGACUAUGCCCAGGACCUGAAUGUGAUUGAAGAGGUGAUCCGUAUGAUGCUGGAGAUCAUCAACUCUUGCUUGUGCAACUCUCUCCACCACAACCCCAACCUGGUGUACGCACUGCUCUACAAAAGGGAACUGUUUGAGCAGUUCAGGACGCACCCAUCCUUCCAGGAUAUCAUGCAGAACCUGGACACGGUGAUCGGCUUCUUCAGUCAGCGUCUGGAGCAGGCUGGAAGUGACCUGUCAGUGGAGAGGGUUCAGGAGGUCAUCAUGAAAGGAGCCCAGGCCCUGCCCAAAGACAGACUGAAGAAGUUUCCAGAGCUCAAGUUUAAGUACGUGGAGGAAGACCAGCCGGAGGACUUCUUCAUCCCCUACGUCUGGUCCCUCGUCUUCAACUCCGGAGUCGGCCUCCACUGGAGCCCGCAUGGCAUCGAGCUCUUCAGCAUGGACUCCGGCUGAAGCGCCCGCUGCAGUCAGACUGCCAGUGUAUUCUUCCCCAUUCAGUGUAGGAGACAAAAAAAAGACUGACGGCAUGUGUGUGUGUGUGCGUGCGUGCGUGUGUGUGUGUCUGUCUGUGUGUGUGUGUGUGUGUAUGUCUGUCUGUCUGUGUGUGCCUGUGUAGGUGUGUUUGCAUUUGGGUGAGUGUGUGCGCAUUGCCCUUUAUAGUGUGUGCACGCUGCUUUGAAAGUGCCUCAACCUUGUACAGAGCGGUUUCUGUUUUUUCUUCUUUUAUGCAGCACAGUCAGAUUUUUUUUUCCUCAUAUCAUAAUAAUCCCUCUGCUUCCUUCUACACUGUGAAGCUUCGUCUGUUCUGGUUAGCAGUUCACACUGUAGCACCCACUCAUGUAUAGUCAGUCCCGUAGGGAAUACCUGGUUAACAUAGAGCAGCUUCACCUGGGCAUGAGUAACACCUCUCCUGUUGAACAUUUUCUUGUUGUGUGGAGCUCAGGACUUCGGCGGUGGAUAAUCCUGUGUUUCUUUCAAUGCUUCAAAAGAAAAGGUCAAUUUUCUUUGCACUGGUGAAAGAUGACUUAUGCUGCGUUUACUGCUAAGAUAUAGUAACAAGUUAUAUUUCCAGACAGCCACAUGUCUUCAAACCUACACUUCACGAGUAACUUGUAUGAUAUUAAGUUGAUUAUCUCAUACAAAAGCGUUUCAUUUGACCAGCAUUGUUCUCUGGAAACAAUGCUUGUGUAUAAAGAUUUGUUUUUUGUAUAUUAAGCUUCCAAAAGGUCACCAAGAGAACCAACAGAAAGUCACAGAAUUUUCAGAUUUGAAUACACCAUUGUUGCAUGGUGGCACCCUCAAGUUCCCCCCAUUGAACUACAGUUUAAUUAAUAAUUAAUUUAAGUUUCUUGAUUAUAUAAAAUGUCCAUAUUGCUACGAUUCAGACAAUUUCACUGUUACUUUAGCCCUUUUAUUUGACUUUCUCCUGUCUUUGUUGUUUCCGUUUUUCUAUGGUAACCCAAGGCAAGUACAUAAACUAGGACAAGUUAUUCAACCUCCUGUCCUAAUGUGCAUAAUUACAGUCAUCUCUUUGAUUUGUCACUUUAUUUGCAUGUUUAACUAGAGACUUUGUAUUAAAUUAUUUAUUUUCAUGUAUAUUGUUUUUUCUUUUUUUAUAUUUAGCCCCCUGAAAUGUAAUCGGUAGUCCUGACUUGACUGCUGCUGAUGAGGAAAUUGGUGGUACUUUACUUUGAUUCUUCCCAGGUGGGAAACUGGCUUUAUAUUAUUACAUAUAUAAUGACAAGAGCUGUCAUUUUGUGGCAAAUAUUACUUUGAAAAUAGGAGUUUAAAUAAAAAUGAUAAACCAAACCA